UGUGUGUGUAAGUGUGUGUGUGUUUGCCGGCUGGAAUUUCGCCCUCUGACGUCACUGCCUGUUACUCUCCCAGAUUUGGGAAAAAGAAGUUUCACUUUAAGUGGGGAUUUGAAACUCUGUGAUUCCUAGAAAGCGAGGUCUGUGAUCAGCUGGUGAUUCAUUUUUACAUCUGAAAAAAAAUUGCAAGAUUUCUCAACUCCAGAAACAUGUGGGGUGGACAUAAUGAUGGUGACCAGCAAGGUCAUGUGAGUGCUCGAAUGGAGACCAGCUUACCCAUGGGUACAACCAGCAUUUCUAUAUCCCAGCAGCAGGCUCCGAAAAAGUUUGCUCCUGUUGUGGCUCCUAAACCCAAGUUCAACCCUUAUAAACAACCUGGGGAUGCAACACACGAGGGUGACUAUCCUCCACCUCCUCCACCUGUGGUUGACCCCAGUGGGCUGCCCUCCCCUUCUAGCUUCCCACCUCCUCCACCCAUGGAUGAGACUUCUCUUGGCUUUCAGAUAAAAGGACCUGAGAAAACUCUAGAAGAGAGACGCUCCAGUCUGGAUGCUGAGAUUGAUUCGCUGACCAGUAUCCUGGCUGACCUAGAGAGCAGUUCACCUUAUAAACCGCGCACACAGCAGAAUUCUGCCAGUCCUGCUGCAACAGGCUCUACCGCCCCUGUUACAGGCUAUCGGCGCAUGGUGAUUCCAACCCAACCCCCUCUUACCGCCACCAAGAAAUCCACCCCGAAACCACAGGCGCCUCAAAACGUCACUCCACCAGCUUCAUCUUCUCCAAGACCCCAGUACCAGCCUGCACCCCAGCCUGUUCCAGCAUCCUACACCACCGCCUCCACACCGAGCCAGCCCACCUUCAAUGUUCAGGUGAGGGCUGCUCAGCCUGCCCCUCAGCAGCAACCGGUGCGUGGUCCAGGACAGGUACAGUACAUGCCGGCUCAACCCAGAGCUCCAGAAUUCGCAUAUGGGCCUCCACAACCUGGAUUCUGCCCUGCUCCAUCUGGAGGCUACCAGGACCAGCAUUAUGGUGGAGCUCCUGGUUAUGGAGGACAGAACACAUGGAGGGCUGAACCGAGCCACCACCCUGCUCCAACACCCAGCCAAGGGUACCAGCCCGCUCCUCCCAAAAAAACCUACAUCACUGACCCUCCUGCCAGCCUGGCACCCUUCGCUGGUGGGUCCUCUGCUCCUCAUAAGGGUCGUCCAGAGGAGGAACUGGACCGCUUGACUAAGAAGAUGCUGUAUGACAUGGAUAAUCCCCCAUCUGAGGAGUAUUUCGGUCGGUGUUCAAGCUGUGGGGAGAAUGUGGUUGGAGAGGGCACAGGUUGUACCGCCAUGGACCAGGUCUUCCAUGUGGACUGCUUCAUCUGCAUGACCUGUGGCUCUAAGCUAAGAGGGAAGCCCUUUUAUGCCGUGGAGAAGAAGGCUUACUGUGAACCCUGCUAUAUC